AUGGGAACACCGGAAACUUCACGAGAGCCAUGUCCAGAUCGCAUCCUAGACGACAUCGGAGGAGCCUUUGGGAUGGGCGCCGUCGGCGGCUCUGCCUUCCACUUCCUCAAAGGUCUCUAUAAUUCCCCCAAAGGCGAUCGAUUAAUCGGCGCAACACAAGCCGUUCGUCUCAACGCUCCAAGAAUCGGUGGCAGUUUCGCUGUUUGGGGUGGUCUUUUCUCCUCUUUUGAUUGUACUAUGGUUUACGUUCGUCAGAAAGAAGAUCCAUGGAAUUCGAUUGUUGCUGGUGCUGCUACCGGUGGUUUUCUUGCUAUGCGUCAGGGCGUUGCUGCUUCUGCUAGAUCCGCUGCGUUUGGCGGUGUUCUUCUUGCGCUUAUUGAAGGUGCCGGGAUCGCGCUUAAUAAGUUUCUUAGUGCUCAGCAGCCUAUGCCGAUCAUGAUGGAUGAGAUGCCGCCGCAGACGCCAGAGAAUUCGGAUUCGAACAAGUCGUGGUUUGGUGGAAUGUUCGGUGGAGCCAAGGAAGAAGAGAAGAAUACUAGUGGAGGAAGCGAUGUGAAGAUUCUUGAGAGUUUUGAUGCUCCUCCUGUGCCUAAUUUCGAGUACAAGUAA